AUGGGACAGAAGAGAGCACAAUGUGGGUGGAUAAGAGAGUUUACCGAACACCUUCUCUUGCUAGAGAUUCGCGACAGACUUCUCCUGGAGGCGGAGCAAGCUCUCUCGUCCGAAGACGAGCAGGAGGGAUGCGGAAGGACCAAGGAACCCAAGGAUGGAGGAAAGGGAAAAGAAGGCGCGUCAGAAGAGACAGAGGCGACCACACAAACAGGCCACAAAGAGAGAGACGGAGAAAGCCGCAGAGCGGAGGAAGAAAAGGGAAACAGUGAGAGAGAGACAAAGAAGGCCAACCAGGAAAAUGCGUUGCCUUCGACAGCGUCGACCAGAGAGAGAGAAUCACCUCCAACCCCGCCGCGAGCGAGUCCCUCCGGUGGCACGUCUCACAUGCAGCGACGAAUUCUGGAUUCUUCCUCUGCCGACUCCUGGCCUGCUCUGUUCUCCACUUCGUCCUCGAUCUGCUUGACUCCCACGUCGUCUCCUUCCGUUCCUGCCCAGACCACCCCUUCUCUCUCAUCGUCGUCGCCCUCGUGCUCUUCUUCGGUGUUCUUGUCGCGAUCAAAAUGUCGAGAGUUGCGGAUGGCGCAGUUGUCAGCGGACUUGAGGCGCAUCGAGUUCCUGCCCUGUAGGCUCCUAGCUGUGGAGAAGCAUAAAGAACGGGCUGACGUUCUCCUUCUUCUUCUCACAGAUGGAAUCUCGACUUCUCUUGCGGCUCUGAGGCCGCCGUCUUCGAGCCGCGCGAUCCUUCCGUCGUCGUCUCCAAGACCCUGCGCGGCAUCUUCGGGUUCUGUCGUUUCGCCUUCUGCUCGCCGAGCUGAUUCUCCCGCUCCCUCCGUCUCUCCCUGUUCCACCAAUUCUUGCUCUCCUCCCUACACGUCUCUCUCUUCUCACGCUGGUUCUGGUUCUCUUCCUUCUUCAUCCCGCAAAGCGCAAGGCCGAAGGACCCGCCGCAGCUGCGGACGGCGUCGUCGCCGGGAAGCCUCCCGUUCUUCGUUCUCCUCGUCCCCGUGCGUUCCUCCAGAUCGACGAGGGGAAAAGGACGGAGCCCGAAGGGGCGAAGAAGAACCAGAUGCAGGCGAUGCAGAGACGCUGGAGGACCGGAACAAGGGAGACAGAGGCGCUGAGGGGAAGGCGAAAGGUGACAGAAACGAAGACCCGAGAGAAGCGAGAGAGGAGAGAGAGAAGUUUUCAAGAGACGAACAGGUGACAAACCGUUCUCUCGUGGGUGCCCGUUGCAGCAACGACAGCGUCGUGCAGAGAACCGCAGGAGGGCGUCAGGAAACCAGGCAGACAGAAACCGAGGAAUUGUGGUCUGUUUUGAUCGAGCAAAACUGGGUGGGAACUGGGGCGCCGUGGGACUGGUGCACGUCGCAGGACAUUGACGAUUUACUGGUGAAGAUGCAGAACUUAACAAGUAGGUCAACUCUCUCUUUUCUCCCGGUGGUGCGUGCAGGCAGCUUUGUCGAAGUUCGGCCAGUGCCUCGUCUCGCAUUCUGGCUAGCCUCUCCCUCGCUUCCCUGCCUUCUCCUUUCCUCCGUUUAUCCCCUCGUUUCCGUGCCCAGGCAUCCUGGAACCCUGCCGCCGCGGUUGGCUCUGUCUCCCUCUCUUUCCUCGGCUCAGGCUCCAACAUAUUCCUUCGUUUCAUCUCUCUUCCUUCCUCAGUCAUCUUGCGUCUCUACUGUUCCGGCCAGUCGACAGCGGAGGGCCGAUUUGUGUUCUCUCCUUGACUCAUGUCAAUCUCCCUGUCCCUCUCCCAGUGCUCCUCGCCUCGAAUGCAGCCCGGCCUUUUCCCCUUCGCGUCCUUCCUCUUUUCUCCCACAACCCAAGAUUGCUUCUCCGACUCGUCCUCUGUUUGCGUCUAUCGCGUCGUCCUCAGCGCAGGCGACUGCCGACAAAUGCGCGCCUCUCGCUUCUUCCGGUGUCUCGCGCGAACAGCGCGGCUGUUCGCGUGCUGUUCUCGCCUCGGUGGCGUCUUUGUCCUCGGUCGGCUCGAGAUCGGCGAGGAGUGGAAUGCCGAGGCGUAACGUGCGUCGAGUAGGCUGCGGCGAAGCGAGGGGGGAUGAAGCGAAAGGCGCGGCCACGGGAGAAGAAGGAACAGCUCUGUUUCGCGGUGGGGAGCGGCGGUGCCCGGAGGGCAAGGUCUCUUGUGGAGAGCCGCGGAGGACCCAGGAAGGAAAGGAAAGAGGCGACGCGACUGCGCCGGAGAAGGAAACAGACGGCACGCGCGCUUGUCGAGGGGACAGGAACCCUGGUAACGAAGAGGAAAAUCCAUCUCGGAAAGAGGAAAAGAGUCGGAAAAGAGAGGAAGAGAAAGGGGGGGUAGGUGCGCCAGAAAUCGUGGAUUUGUGCGAAGACGAACCGAGUUUCUCCAUGGAAGGGAGAGACAGUGACGAAAGAAACCAGGGAAACAGUGUAAGAGAAAAGCCAGCGAACUCCCGGAGACCGAGGCCGAGAGAAAACGGUGUAGAACAACGACCAGAAGGCGUGCAGGGACGAAACCAGAUUGCUGGUGAGAUCCUGACGAAGAAAAGGCGGUCCCAACAGACAGAAAGGCGAGGGAGCGGCAGCGAUGCCGCUCGUCAGGUUGGUUCUGGCGUCUCAGCCUUCAGGUCUCCUGGCUCUCCGGAUGCUUCUUCAGCUCAAACUGGCCCUUGGACCACCAACGGGGCGGGCGAGAGACCGAGACGGGCGAGGACGCCGCUCGGGCCUAACGCAACGUCUCAGAGUUCCUCUCUCGCGUCUAAAAAAACCGUUUCAGUCAGUUCCGCGUCGUCCUCCUCCACUGUGCCCGUCCCUCCCCCUGUGUCGCCUUCCUCAUCUUCACAGUCGUCGUCCGCAUCCCCUUCGUCGUGCCUCUCUCCUUUAUUUGCGGCUUCUGCCUCACUCAAAGACGUGCCGGCGAUGGGCGUCCACCAGGGUCGAAGCUGCUCAGGCUUCUCUUCGUGCAUAUCUCUGCUUGAAGAAAGCCUUAAUUCGAAAGGUAUCACCGACGAAAGGGAGCACAAACGGGUGAAGAAACAUCAGUCCGUGAGUGUUUACGUAGUGGACGACAGUGAGACGGUUGAGACACAGCACAAGUCUGACUGCGGAAAGGAACAGCAGAGAGAACGCGGAUCUGCAUUUUCGCCGAAAUUCGGAUGUAUAGACACCUCAGGUUUUGAGGGGACACGCAGGGACCAAAGAUUCGCAAAUACCUCCUUUUCUCCUCAAGCUCUGUUUCAAGCUCUGCGAAGUGCAAAUCGAGGCACAAUAAACAUGGAAAUGUUGGAAAAAUUCAGAAACGAAGCCUCCAGCGUGUCACCCGUCCUGCGGCAGAUGAAAGAAACGAAUGCCCGAUUGGCUCGAGCUGUGCAGUUAAUCAGAGAGAGACGCCAGAAA